AUGUCUCAAAUCAUUGAUCAGGUUCAGGCCGCUCUUCAGAACAUUGACAAGGAGCUCGAGAAGUACCCUGCUCUCAAGGAGCUGGAGAAGCAGAUUCCCGUCCCCAAGUCCUACAUCCUGCUUGGCUUCGUUGGAUUCUACUUCAUCCUCAUCUUCCUCAACAUUGGAGGAAUUGGUCAGCUUCUGUCCAACAUUGCUGGUCUGGUCAUCCCCGGCUACUACUCUCUGCUGGCUCUGGAGACCCCCGGCAAGGCCGAUGACACUCAGUACCUGACCUACUGGGUUGUCUUCGCCACCCUCAACGUCUUUGAGUUCUGGUCCAAGGCCAUCCUUUACUGGGUGCCCUUCUACUACCUCUUCAAGACCGCCUUCCUUCUGUACAUUGGUCUCCCCCAGUACGGAGGUGCCGAGCUUGUCUACAAGGCCAUUGUCAAGCCCCUCGCUCAGAAGCUUGUCAACAUCCAGCCUCACGGCGGACCUUCCGACUCUCUCAAGGCCCAGGCCCAGUCUGCUGUCGAUGCUGCUGAGAGCCACGUCCCCCAGGGUCACUCCACUGGUGUUUCUCACUAA